AUGGGGCCUACCAGCCAACACACCGCUGACGAGCGAAAGGAGCGCAAGAGGCUCCAGAAUCGGAUCAAUCAGAGAGCACGCAGACAACGUCUCAGAGACCAAAAUGGCACCCAUAAUCAGCGUGGUCCUUACCAGGUUAACCGCUGGCGACUUGAUGAAUCUCCGGCUCUUCCAGAACCAACCCCGAAAGCUCCGGACACGAGUUCAAGGGAUCAUGCCACCAAGUCCAUUUCGGAUCAUGCCGAUGGUCAAACAUUGUUAUCACAAGCCCCAAACAUCCACCAGGCUCCAAACCAAGUCUCCCUUACCAGUUCCAAAUGUUGCCCACGCAUCUCCAUGCCCAUUGAUCAUGUCCUUUUACCUCUCAUAGGCUACAAUGUAUGCCGAGGGAUUCUGUCCAACAAGGAUUUGCUCAAACUUUUGGGGAGUUUCAUCAGCCCCAUGGCCGAAACGUUACCCCGUCAAAUAACAUCCGAGUGCGAGAUAUCUGUCUUUAGACAAACACACGAAUCCAUGCCAGCCUGCCUUCAGCCAACACAGCUUCAGAUGAACCUACCACAUCCUACCUGGAUCGAUGCACUCCCCUUCCCAAAGAUCAGAGAUAACCUCCUACGUCGGCAAAACUUGUUCCAUCACAGACAAUUUCUGUCGGAUCUAGUCGGAUAUCUAACCUAUGCGCCGAUAACUGUCUCACAAGGAGUGCCCGUUGUCGAUGAAACAGACGACAUUAGGAAUGGUCUCAUACUUUGGGGAGAGCCAUCCUCUCAGGAAAACUGGGAGGUUAGCCCCGAAUUUUUGAUCAAAUGGGCUUGGGCUGUCGUGGGGUGUGAGGAACUUGUCCAAUCUUCCAACAGAUGGAGGACAGUUCGGGGGGAAGACCCUCUUGACAUGUCUCUUGUGGGUUACCGUUGA